GGGCACAAAGACACACAGCUUCGUCAUCACCCAAACACGCCCUAAGGACAAUCUUCUCUAUAAAUAUCGCAUCACUCUAUCUCUCUCAAACCCAAACAAAUACUGAAAUUCAGAGCGAAACGUGCCUCGAUUCACUUUCACCUACCACCUCUAGAAUUCCAACAUCACCAUGGCAAAGCCUCGUAAGCCCAAGAACGAAGACCCAAAGCCCGAAAACUCCGGAGCCGUAGUUCACCAUCAAAAGCUAUGUCUCUCUAUCGACAUGGACAAGCGUUUAGUCUACGGCUACACUGAAUUGGAAAUUGCGGUGCCGGAGAUUGGGAUCGUUGGGUUACACGCGGAGAAUUUAGGGAUUGAGAGUGUAUGGGUUGAUGGUGAGCCUACUGCGUUUGAGUAUUACCCUCAUCAGUAUCAGCAGAUGGAGAAUGAGAAGAGAUGGAGUUCGGUUUCUGAUACUAGCUCUGCUGCUGAUGCUGCUGUGUCUGUGUAUUUAUCUUCUUUGGAGAAAGAGCUUGUUCCCAAUUUACUCAUUAAUUGCUGUAAACCUUUCAAGACUGAAACUGAACAGCAGCAGCAAGAGCAACCUGUUGCUGAAAAUGGGUUUCAUACCCCCGCCGCCGAACCUAAGCAGAAUGUGAGAUCAGUUCGUAUUGACUAUAGCAUAGAAAAGGCAGAGACAGGAAUCCACUUCAGAGAUAAUGUUCUUCAUACUGAUAAUCAGAUGAGGAGGGCAAGGUGUUGGUUCCCUUGUAUAGAUGAUAAUUUACAGCAAUGCUGCUACGACUUGGAGUUCACUGUUGCACACAAUCUUGUAGCUGUCAGUACUGGAAGCUUGUUAUACCAGGUCUUAAGCAAGGACAAUCCUCCCCGGAAAACAUAUGUCUAUAAAUUAGAUGUUCCAGUUGCUGCAAGGUGGAUAUCGUUGGCGGUUGCCCCAUUUGAACUUCUUCCCGAUCACCAAUUUGGCCUCAUAUCACAUCUGUGUUUGGCUCCUAAUCUGGCAAAAAUGCGGCAUACAGUGGAUUUCUUCCAUAAUGCCUUCAGCUGCUAUAAGGAUUAUCUUUCUGUAGACUUCCCAUUUGACUCGUACAAGCAAGUUUUUGUAGAGCCUGAGAUGGCAGUUUCAUCAUUGAGUUUAGGAGCCUCUAUGAGUGUAUUUAGUUCUCAAAUUUUGUAUGAUGAGAAGGUUAUUGACCAGACUAUUGAUACAAGGGUAAAACUUGCUUAUGCCCUUGCAAGGCAGUGGUUUGGUGUGUAUAUCACUCCUGAGUCACCAAAUGAUGAGUGGCUCUUGGAAGGGCUUGCUGGUUUCUUGGCAGACUUUUUUAUUAAGAAGCAUUUGGGUAAUAACGAGGCACGGUACCAGAGAUAUAAGGCAAAUUGUUCUGUUUGCAAAGUUGAUAACGGCGGAACAACAGUUUUGAGCUGUUCAGCUUCCUGUAAGGAUUUAUAUGGAACACAGUGCAUUGGGUUGUAUGGAAAAAUAAGAGCAUGGAAGUCUGUGGCAGUUGUUCAGAUGCUGGAAAAGCAAAUGGGCCCUGAAUCUUUCCGUAGAAUUUUGCAAACUAUAGUUACUCGGGCUCAAGAUAAAGUACGCUCAGUGAAAACACUUAGUACUAAGGAGUUUCGACAUUUUGCUAACAAGGUUGGAAAUUUAGAACGUCCUUUUCUUAAAGAUUUCUUCCCCCGUUGGGUCGGUUCUUGUGGAUGUCCUAAUUUAAGGAUGGGGUUUUCCUAUAAUAAACGAAAGAAUGUGGUUGAACUGGCUGUGUUGAGAGGAUGCACAGCAUUGCAAACUUCGAGUACAGCUGUUCUUGAUAUUAAUCCAGAUACUGAAAAUCGAGAUGCAGAUUCUGGAUGGCCUGGUAUGAUGAGUAUAAGAGUAUAUGAACUUGAUGGUAUGUAUGACCAUCCUAUUUUACCAAUGGCUGGAGAAGCAUGGCAGCUUUUGGAAAUUCAAUGCCACUCAAGGCUUGCUGCUAGACGGUUUCAAAAAUCAAAAAAAGGUUUGAAACAUGACGGCUCUGAUGACAACGGUGACAUGCCUUCAAUGGAUAUACGCUCCAGUACCGAGUCCCCAUUAUUAUGGAUCAGAGCAGAUCCUGACAUGGAGUACCUUGCUGAGGUUCAUUUUAAUCAACCAGUUCAGAUGUGGAUUAACCAAUUAGAGAAGGACAAAGAUGUUAUUGCUCAGGCACAAGCAAUUGCAGCCCUUGAGGCAUCACCCCAGCAAUCAUUUUCUGUUGUAAAUGCCCUGAACAGUUUUCUUACCGACUCCAAGGCUUUCUGGAGAGUAAGAAUCGAAGCAGCAUUUGCAUUGGCGAAUUCAGCAUCUGAGGAAACUGAUUUUUCUGGUCUACUCCAUUUGGUGAAAUUUUACAAAAGUAGAAGAUUUGAUUCUGACAUUGGACUCCCAAAGCCAAAUGAUUUUCAUGAUUUUGCCGAGUAUUUUGUUCUUGAGGCCAUUCCACAUGCUGUAGCUACGAUUAGAGCCGCUGACAAGAAAAGUCCAAGAGAGGCUAUUGAUUUUGUUUUACAGCUAUUAAAGUAUAAUGACAACACUGGCAACCCUUACUCAGAUGUCUUCUGGCUUGCUGCACUGGUCCAAUCAAUUGGCGAGUUUGAGUUUGGGCAACAGAGUAUUCUUCUAUUGUCAUCACUCCUCAAGCGCAUUGACCGCCUUUUACAAUUUGAUAGUCUCAUGCCAAGCUACAACGGAAUCUUGACUGUCAGUUGUAUCCGGACAUUGGCCCAGAUUGCCAUAAAACUUUCAGGAUUCAUUCCUCUUGAUCGCAUAUAUGAACUUUUGAAGCCUUUUCGAGACCUAAAGGCAAUUUGGCAAGUUCGAAUCGAAGCAAACAGAGCACUCCUUGAUCUCGAAUUCCACUGCAAGGGCAUUGAUGCAGCACUUCUUUUAUUUACCAAAUAUGUUGAGGAGGAACCUUCCCUGAGAGGCAAGUUAAAAUUGGCCACCCAUGUUAUGAGGCUAUGCCAGAUGAGAGAUGAUUUGAUUUCAAACGAUGAAAUUACAAGCCAAACACUCGUCUCCUUGCUCAAUUUACUUGAGGGGCGUAUGUCAUUUAAUAAUGUCUUUCUCCGUCACUACUUGUUCUGCAUAUUACAAAUACUGGCAAAAAGACCCCCAACUCUUCAUGGAAUUCCGAGAGAAAGUAGAACGUUGCACAUGAGUCUUACAGAAGCUGGUAACUAUCAGAGGAACCUAUUUGUCCUUGAUUCCGAAAAUAAACCUUUGGAAUUGCCAAAUUCCACCCCAAAUCUUACACAAGAUUUGAUUGUAACCGAGGGUUUUAGGGAUGCACUUGAUGAGGCUCCCAAGGACCAAGUUUUUGAAGCAUCUAUGGACCAAACCUUUGAAGCUCCCAAAGAAGUACAUGUUGAAGCUUUAGAGGAAGCGCCCCAAGAGGCUCCCAAAGAGGACUUAACAGGAUUCCCCCCUGAAGCACCAAUUGAAGCUCCCAAUGAAAUUUACAAGGAAGCAGAUACUGUAUCCAAUAGCCAUGAAAGAAAAAGGCUAAUCAAAAUCAAGGUUAAACAAUCUUCUGCCACCAGUAGGAGUAGGGCUGAUACUGAUAAUCAAAUGGUUGAGCGCUCUUUAGGUGGUCGUAAUGAUAUUGAUCAUGGAGCUAGCAGUUCAGUCUCAGUUUCAGUAGAUGCACCUCAGAGGAAUUUUGCCGAGACUGUUAGCAUCGGUAAUCACAAUAUUGAAGAAGUUAAUUCUUGGCAUGAUCCUGGUUCCCGCAUGACUGCCAGCAUCGGCAGUGCAAAAAUUUUGGGUGAUGAAUUGGUCAAAGAACUCCAAUGCACUGCCGAUUCAAGUGUAGUUUACUCACAACCUAGGCCUGAAGACCCAUCACCAUCUAGUAUUAUCCAGGAUAACAAGCCAUCUAGUAUUAUCCAGGAUAACAAUAUAGAUGCUGACGCACGGCGAUUUGCCAGCCUUCAAACACUCUCAGUUGCUAGACUCGAUCAUGAUGGAGAAUCAUUUGGCAAAGAAAUUUCUGCACGCAGGAAAGAAAAACACAGAGAUAAGGAAAAGAAACGGAAAAGUCACAAAGGACAGCAUGAUGACCCAGAAUACCUAGAGCGAAAGCGAUUAAAGAAAGAGAAAAAACGCAAAGAAAAAGAAUUGGCAAAACUACAAAGUGGUGAAGCAAAAAGAUCCUCCGUAGACUUGUCAUGUAAGAAAGAACAACCUGUAGUGGACGAAGUGAAGCAGCUGAAAUCUGUUGAACCCAGCAGUUAUAAUUCUAUACCAGACAUUAGAACUAUUGAUACCAAACCCAGGGCAUCCGAAGGCACAUCCGGUAAUUCUAUACCAGACAUUAAAACUAUUGAUACCAAACCCAGGGCAUCCGAAGGCACAUCUGGUGCGCCCAAAAUUCGAAUUAAAAUUAAAAAUCGAAUGCUUAACAAGUCAUAGAGAAUAAAUGAAUGUAACAUCUCCCUUUUGUAUUUUUUGAGAUGCAGUUUUCUUUUCAGUAUCAGGCGUAGUAUUGUAUUCUUUGAGCUUUCAUUUGUUUGUAGCUUUUUAUUCUGGUCUUAGAGCUAUAUGAUUGCAAUUUCAAUCGUAUAGUCUUCAAAUUGUGUUUGGGACGUUGUCUAGAUUAUGAUUGUAAAUUUGUAACUAUGCUUCAGUUGUAACAA